AUGGAAGCCGGGAUCAAGGAUCUUCUUUCGCAGAAUGGGAUCGACCCGGAGUAUUUGCUGAAGGCUCCCGUGGCCGAGGAUUGCAAAACCCGGGCAACUGCUCAAACCGUCGUUCUGUCGAGCUAUUAUAAUGAGCGGAGAGGCUCCGAUCUAUUAAAGUCCACGAAGGUCUGGGAAGCUGCCAGAACCACAUCUGCUGCGACGAAAUUCUUCGAGCCGAUCACCGUCAGUGAUGAGAUUGUUGUCGAUGGCGCUACGGGCGCAAACAAUUCCAUCCAGCACAUGUGGUCCGAGGCUGCAGAUGUCAGAUGUGUGGGGAUGGCAGGACAAUCAACUUGA